AUGGAUUUAUAUAACAUCAAUGAAACUUUGCCGACAAUCAACAGCAUUACUGAAUUGAUUGCUAUAUUACGGCAACUCUUUGAUCAAAACAAAUACAUUGAUGUGAAUUAUGUGCAAAAGAUUUUGUUAUCUUAUAAAAGUAAUGUAAAUGAUUGGAUCAAAUUUGCUUAUUUUGAUGAACAAAAAUAUACCCGUAAUUUGGUUGAUAAAGGUAACGGUAGGUAUAACUUAAUGUUGUUGUGUUGGUCUGAAGGACAGGGAUCUGUGAUUCACGAUCAUUCAGAUUCUCACUGUUUUAUGAAAAUGCUUUGGGGAAGUUUAUCUGAGACUCGAUAUGAUUGGCCAGAUAUACCCGAAAACAUUAACGAUUCAAUGAAAGUGAUUAAUCAAACUUAUCUUAAACUAAAUGACGUCACUUAUAUGAACGAUUCAAUUGGUUUACAUCGUGUAUGUAAUCCUAACAAACAAUGCAAAGCCGUAUCCCUUCAUCUCUAUUGUCCUCCGUAUUCAAAAUGUCAAGUGUUUGAUGAGAGCACCGGUAGACGAGAUGAGGCAACUGUUAAUUAUUAUAGCAAAUAUGGUAAUUGUGAAACUUAUUUCUACAAACAGUUUAAACAAAUACAUGAAUUUGGAAUCGAUUGGCAAUCAUUUUAA